AAGCCAACACUGCAUAUCUGGACAAUGACUUUCUUUCUUGCUUUCUGUGCCUGCUGAGUCCCGAAGCUUCUUCUUUGUAAGAGUACAAUGGUAUGUAUUCGGAAAACCAGUUGCUGAUUGAAGAAGGUGGUUCACAGGUUUCAACAUGAUGGCAUAAAUAUGCGUGUUGGUUUUCAAUUAGUACUAUAAAAGUUAAAGGUAGGGCACAGUUUCUCAUUUCAGACAAAUAUAAGAAUACAAGGUGUAGCACUCGGAUUAGGCUGAACUUCAUAAAGGAAGAGCCUGAGCCCUUCUAUACAAACCUAUCUGAUCAGCCCUGUUGCUCAGAAACACUAGAAAUUCUGAAGGAUGUUGUUAGGUCGUCGGAGGUUAUCGCUGGUGUGUAGAUUAAUCUUUUUCAUCAGUUUUGUAUCGUCGGAGGCUAGAACCCCAGAGAAGCUUCCAUCUGCAGUGGUUGUUGGCGCCGUCUAUUGUGACACAUGCUUCCAGCAAGGUUUCUCAAAGGAUAGCCACUUCAUUUCAGGUGCAUCUGUUGCAGUCGAAUGUGGAGAUGAGAAUUCAAAACCAAGUUUUCGUGAAGUAGCAAAGACUAACGAGCAUGGAGAAUUUAAAGUACAUCUGCCUUUGUCGGUGAGCAAACAUGUCAAGAAAAUCAAAGGAUGCUCUGUCAAGCUGAUAAGUAGCAGUGAACCUUACUGUGCUGUGGCCUCAACUGCAACUUCAUCUUCAGUCCACCUCAAGUCAAGAAAGGACGGGACACACAUUUUCUCAGCCGGGUUUUUCUCAUUCAAGCCUCUUAAUCAGCCAGCACUAUGUGUUCAAAAACCAAUCAUUAGCAGAUCAAAUGAGCUGCCAAAUACUGCAAAGUUGACAUCAAUCUCAGACCCCGAUGAUCCAAACUUUUCUCCCCCAAUUCAAGAUCCACCCACAUCAGAUCCACUUCCGGUAGUUGGGAAUUAUGUUCCACCUCUUCCACAGCUACCCAACGUGCCAUCUUUGCCUACACUUCCUCCUCUGCCGCCUCUUCCCGGACUACCAAAUACCCCAGUGCCAGCUGGAAAGUCGUCAAUAUCCAAUAACUCUCCAGUAACAUCUGAAUCCUCAUACGAAAAGGUUGCUCAACCGAGUAUUUUCAACCCAAUACCAUUACCGCCAAACCCCUUGCUCCCACCACCUUCCUUGUUUCCUCCAAUUCCGAAUCCAUUUCAGCCUCCACCUUCAAUACUUCCUCCGGUCAUUCCAUCACCUCCACCUUCAAUUUUCCCCCCAAUAUUUCCUUCACCUCCACCGUCCAUAUUCCCUCCCAUUUUUCCUUCCCCUCCUACACCUCCACCUUCCAUAUUCCCUCCCAUUUUUCCUUCCCCUCCUGCACCUCCACGUUCACUAUUUCCGCCGCUUGUUCCUUUGCCAGGUUCAACUCCCUCUCCUCCACCACCGUCACCACCAUCCUUUCCUCUCCCUCCAUUUCCAUUCCAACCAGUUCCUGGCCUCCCUGGACCUGGAGUGCCUCCUGCAGUCCCUUCAUCUUCUGAUUCAGAGAAAAGCUCUCCUUAAUUAAUCUAAAUGUACCAGAAAUUUUACAUCCUCUUUUUUUUUUUUUUGGGUUCUUAUAUAUUUACUUGUUUUCUUUCCCUUUUGCAACGUUAAAAUGAUGUUCUGAUAAUCCUAGUUGGGCAGAUGUAUAAAGCCAUCAGUUUCUAUAUGAACUCUGACUACUGUAACUAAAAUAAAGGUAUACGAUUUUAGAUAACUGGGGGGGAGGUGAUUUUAUCUUGGUUCCUGGCUGCUGAACUCAAGAUGAUUUCUGUUUGCACUAGAAUAUCGCA